UUCUCGAAAAGUGCGUAUGUCAAAUUAGAAACACACCAAGUCACCGUCUUCUUCUGCUGGAAGAAGGGUCCUCGGAAAAUCAAUGGCCACGCCACCAAGAACCCUAAUCAAGCCAUCUCACACAUCUCCAAAUUUCUCUCUCUUAACCUCCAUAACCUACGUUCUGCAAACCCUAAAUCCCCAAAAACCCAACCCCUCCAAUGUCAGCUCAGCCCCUCUUAACCAGUUUUCACCUCACCUGAACCCAAGACUUGUUACCCAAGUCAUCAAAUCUCAGACCAAUCCUUACCAUGCCCUCUUCUUCUUCAACUGGGCCUCAAAUCCCAACCCUAAUCCCAACAAAUACUCCCACACUCACAAUUGCUACUUGGCCAUCACCGACCUCCUCCUCUCCCACUCUCUCUUCUCCACCGCCGCCUCACUACUUGUAGAAUCCAACAGACUCUAUGAUUUCUUGCUCGGCAGGUUCAUCACCGCUCACGGUGGAUUGGGUGAUAUCCGAGCCGCCAUGGAUUGGUUUCACAGGGCAAAGAUGAUUGAGAGUGGGAAAUGCUUGUUUUCGUACAAUGCUAUUUUGGGUGUGCUUGUUAGGGCAAACAGGAUGAGUUUAGCUAAGGCAAUUUAUGAUCAGAUUGUGAAGGAAGGUUUGGUGAAGCCGGAUGUUUCGACUUGUACGAUAAUGAUCAGGGGGUUCUGCAAAAGGGGUGAAAUUGAGAAUGCCCGGAAGGUGUUUGAUGAAAUGACUUGUGAGCCGAAUGUGAUUACUUACAAUACUAUAAUUCACGGGUUUUGUAAGACGGGUGAUUUCAAUAGUGCGGUGCGAGUUUUGGGCCGGAUGAGGGAGAGUAAGGAUUGCUUGCCUGGUACGGUAACUUAUACAACUUUGAUUGAUGGGUAUUGUAAGAAAGGCGAGUUGGAGGAGGCGAUGAAGUGUAUGAGUGAAAUGGAGAAGCAGGGUUGUGAGCCUAAUCUAUUUACUUACAAUGCUUUAAUUCAUGGUUUGUGUUUGAGUGGGAAUGUUGGUGAGGCAAAGAGGAUGGUGACAAAGAUGAGGUUAAAUGGUGUGAAGGACGAUAUAGCAACACAUACGGCUAUCUUGAAAGGGCUUUGCAUUGCGGGGAGGCCUGACGACGCUGCUAAACAUCUUAAAGAUAUAGUGAGCCUUGGGAUGAAACCGGAUGUGGCAGCAUACGGGAUCGUUUUUAAUGAGUACUGUAAGAUGAGAAACCCGGAUGGAGCUGUUUCCUUUUUGAGGGAAAUGCGGAUGAGAGGCCUAGAGCCAGGUGUUUCAAACUUCAAUAGACUGCUAACCGUUCUUGUGGAAAACGGGGACCUGGAAAGAGCUAUUGUUCUUCUGAAGCAGAUGCCACAGAUGGGCUGCUCCCCAAAUUUCUUUUCGUAUAACACAGUGAUAAGUAGUCUUUGUGAUAUGAGAGGUAGAAUGGGGGUAGUUGAGGAGCUUGUUCAUGACAUGCUUCAGAAUGGUCAUGAGCUUGAUACCGCCCUCUACAGUCGCGUGAUUAAGGGUUAUUGUGAGGAUGGCAAUGUGAAAAUGGCAAUGCAGGCUUUCUGUGCAGCACUGGAUGCUAAAUACAUUAUUAGUUUGGAGAGCUUUUCGGUUUUUGUCAAGGAGUUAUGUGCGAAAGGGAUGGUCGUUGAGGCUGAGAGGGUAUUUGACGAUAUGCAUAAGAGAUGCACCGUGGCUGAUGUGGAUAAUUACAGAAGGGUGCUAGAUGAGCAUUUUAGGGAGAUAACUGAGGAUACUUGGUAGUACAACCAGUAAUCAAGGGUUCAAGGUUCUAAUUGGCAUUUUGGCUAUGAUGAAUUAGAUGGACCCAUAAGCCAUGUACAAGUACACUCUUUCAGAAUAAAAAACAUCGAUUUGACACGCUUUUA